UUUGGAACCGGGUGAUACAAUGGCUCAGAAAUCUUUUUAAAUACAAUAUUUAAAGACAUACGAUUUCUCUUAAAUCUUUGUUUUGUGUUUGCAUCGAUAUUUGUGUACAGGAACAGAAAUAGUAACUAUUUACCUUCAGUAAGCGUGUUUUAACCAGAGCUGAUGCUAUCUCUACCCCCUAUCUUGAUAAUGAUCAGUGCUGUUCGCCAUUUUGAUGGAAUGGAAGCGUAGCUGAAGCGCGGUCGGUUCUUGAACAAGUAUAGUAAGCGGGGCGUAUUUAUAUAUUUUGAAAUUACCGCACGCCGUAAAAAGUGUGGAAAACGGGGAAUUGGACAAAAAUCUAAAGAAAAACAAGCAAGGGGCUUCAGCUGGUGCGAGCGAGCGAGGGAAGCCCGGUGUCGUGUAUCUGAUCUGCUCCGUAUCCAACCAGCAGGAUGCCGCCAGGGCCUGUGCAGAUCGUCCUGCCGGACAGCAACAACAAGGUUGAGGAAACAAAGGAUGAGCCUGCAGUGUCGAAAACCAUUGUUGGGAUCAUUUAUCCCCCGCCAGAGGUCCGGAAUAUUGUGGAUAAGACAGCCAGCUUUGUGGCCAGGAACGGACCAGAAUUUGAAGCCAGGAUCCGUCAGAAUGAAAUUAACAAUCCCAAAUUCAAUUUCCUGAACCCCAAUGACCCGUACCAUGCCUACUACCGGCACAAGGUGAAUGAGUUCAAGGAGGGGAAGGCGCUGGAGCCCUCGGCGGCCGUGCCCAAGGUCAUGCAACAACAGGCACUGCAAAACGCAUCCCAACAGCAGCUGCCACAGAAGGUUCAGGCCCAGGUGAUCCACGAGACUGUGGUGCCCAAGGAGCCUCCCCCUGAGUUUGAGUUCAUCGCGGACCCCCCCUCUAUCUCCGCUUUCGACCUGGAUGUGGUGAAGCUCACUGCCCAGUUUGUGGCUCGCAACGGCAGGCAGUUCCUCACCCAGCUAAUGCAGAAAGAGCAGCGCAAUUACCAGUUUGACUUCCUGCGGCCCCAGCACAGCCUUUUUAACUACUUCACCAAGCUCGUGGAGCAGUACACCAAGGUCCUUAUCCCACCCAAAGGAUUGCUGCAGAAAAUGAAGAGGGAGGCAGAGAAUCCACGAGAGGUGCUUGAUCAGGUGAGGUAUCGAGUGGAGUGGGCAAAGUUUCAGGAGCGCGAGAGAAAGAAAGAGGAGGAGGAGAGGGAGAAGGAGCGGGUAUCCUACGCACAGAUUGACUGGCAUGACUUUGUUGUUGUGGAAACUGUGGACUUCCAGCCCAAUGAGCAAGGUCACUUCCCUCCUCCCACCACCCCAGAGGAGCUGGGCGCCCGAAUCCUGAUCCAGGAGCGCUAUGAGAAGUUCGGGGAGAGUGAGGAGGUGGAGAUGGAGGUGGAGUCUGAAGAUGAGGACGAUGAACCUGAGGAGAGGCGCGAGCCUCCACCGACACACCUGGACCAGGACACUCAGCUCCAAGACAUGGACGAGGGUUCUGAUGAUGAAGAGGACAGUAUGAAGGCCCCGCCGCCCCCAGAUAACCCCAUGCCCCCACCACUGCCCCCCACCCCUGACCAGGUCAUCAUCCGCAAGGACUACGACCCCAAAGCCUCCAAGCCCCAGCCCCCAGCUCCGGUCUCAGACGAGUACCUCAUCUCCCCCAUCACUGGAGAGAAGAUCCCAGCCAGCAAGAUGCAGGAGCACAUGCGCAUUGGGCUGCUGGACCCGCGCUGGCUGGAGCAACGAGACCGCAGCAUCCGGGAGAGGCAGAUCGAGGACGAGGUGUACGCCCCUGGCCUGGACAUCGAGAGCAGCCUGAAGCAGCUUGCCGAGCGCCGUACCGAUAUCUUCGGUGUGGAGGAGACGGCUAUCGGCAAGAAGAUCGGGGAGGAGGAGAUCCAGAAACCAGAGGAGAAGGUCACGUGGGACGGUCACUCUGGCAGCAUGGCGCGCACCCAGCAGGCGGCCCAGGCCAACAUCACACUGCAGGAGCAGAUCGAGGCCAUCCACAAGGCCAAGGGGCUGGUCCCCGAGGACGACAGCAAAGAGAAGAUCGGACCCAGCAAGCCCACCGACAAGCCUCAGCCGCCCAUGUCCUCCUCUGCACCCAGCAUGCCCAGCUCUGCACCCCCUGUCUCAGUGCCCCGCCCGCCACUGAUUCCUCCCCCGGUUCGAACUACGCUGGUCUCGACUUUGCCAGUGAUGCAGCGUCCCUCAAUGGUGCGUUUGGGCCCAGGUCAGGUGCUGGCUUCCAUGCCACCUAUGAUCCACGCGCCUCGUAUCAAUGUGGUGCCCAUGUCUCCCUCGGGACACCUCAUGGCACCUCGUCCACCCCCUAUGGUGGUUCCAGCAGCAUUCGUGCCAGCGCCUCCUGUGCCUCAGCCCCCCAGCUCGGCCCCAGCGCCCAUGCCCCCCGCACGCCCCCCUCCUCCACAUGACGACGAGCCUGCCAGCAAGAAGAUGAAGUCAGAGGACAACCUCAUCCCAGAGGAGGAGUUCCUGCGCAGAAACAAGGCACCAGUAACGGUGAAGGUGCAAGUUCCCAACAUGCAGGACAAAACAGAAUGGAAGCUAAACGGGCAGCUCCUCACUUUCACACUCCCGCUGACAGACCAGGUAUCCGUUAUAAAGGUUAAAAUCCACGAAGCCACCGGCAUGCCAGCUGGUAAACAGAAGUUGCAGUAUGAGGGUAUCUUCAUCAAAGACUCCAACUCGCUGGCUUACUACAACAUGGUCAACAGCUCAAUGAUACACCUGGCCCUGAAGGAAAGAGGCGGCAGGAAAAAGUGAGCCCUGCCCCAGGGGCAACUGCUCUGGGGGUCCAUCCACACAGAGCCGCAGCAGGAAGCUAGGCUGAGCAACGCAAUACAACAACUCAGACUGAAAGCAACAUCAAAGCUGUCCGUUUCAAUUACCAUGGAAGAAAGUCAAUGGACCUUAUGCCUCUUUUUAUAUCGUAUGGAUCAUUUUAUUAUCUGUUUGUAAUGAAGGAAAAUGAAAAACAUGCAUAAUAUCUUAUUUGAGUUGCAUGGUUGCUGUGUUUAAUUCAGUUUAGUGCCAGAAUCUGUAAACAGCCAGUGGCUUGUUGCUUCAAAAGAUGCACUGUUUUAUGUGCUUUACAUUUAUAUAGUGCCGCACACCCUUCCUGUGUUGUGAAUAGACUAUAUUGAAAUAUUGAUUUGUAAAAGCUGCAGAGUUUAGGGCCAGACCAGCUUAAACCAGUCAUUAGCAGUCCUGACAAGACAGAUAAAGUUACUUUGCUGGGGUGGUGCUGGAACACAUGGAAAGCAAACUGUGGGACCUUGGUGGCUUUGAACAUUUUAGUUUUGAUUAGGAGAUACAUUUUUGAAAGAAACUAAUCACAUUUACACUGUCCCUGAAAUAAAUGUCUUUUUUUUUUUUUUUGUCCAGAAACAUUUAAAUAAAAGUUGUAUUUCCUUCAGCCUCCUGCAGUAACUCUAAUUUGGUGUUCCACGGUACAACUUGAAAAACAGCAGAACAGCUGCUGAUUCUUGUCACCAAGCAGCACAUUUUACCUUUCAUAAUACAAAAUGCAAAAUAAUCUAAUCCAUUCAUUUAUUUAAACUUCUGAAUACUAGGGAGAUGACGGGUGUUGUUCUGGUUAGCUGGCAACAGCAUACAGAUGAAAUAGAAAAACACUCCACUUUCAAACAGCUGCAUGCAUUUUUUGUUUGUUUGUUUUAAUUGCCAAUUAUUUUUCCAGUAGAAGGCUGCUGAAUGAGAGAGCAAGGCUGUAUGAAUUAAUGAAUUAAUCCAGGCCCCUCUUAGAGCUCUUUAUACUACAUCCUACAGGGUAGCCUUUGUGGUUUCUGGUAAAUAAUUCAAGGAAGCUUAUUAGACCUAAUAAUUCAGCUCCUGUAGCUUCUCUGCUAUGAAGGCCUGCCCCAAUACCCAAUGUGAAUCCAGGCCACAGUGCUACAAAAGUGGUAACACAUCCUGAUUUGAAGAAAACUAAAUCGUACUUAAAAGAAUCUGCAUUAUUCACAUUUCAUUUUGUAUUUCUCUUCUACCUUGUUUUUUAGGGUUUGAAUUGUGAAGCAGUUUGGUGCAAUGAACAAACAAUUAUAAAAUGGACAAAUGGCCUGCACUCAAACAUGAAAUCUAAUACAGCCUUUUCAUUAUUAUUCACAUUGACAUAAUUACAAUAUUUCCAAAACAAUAAAAAAUGACUACAUUGAA